GAGCAACGCCCCUUCAAUCUAGGCAGAGAGUCCGACUUACAUUUUACCCCCUUAUGGCAUAGAAACUAAUAAAACGUUAGGAUAUACUGAAAUAACUUUUUACCCCCUUUAGCUUCAACUUGUCUUCUAUUUUUUUUGGUAUCAAAUUCAAAUGUAAUUUCCUUUAGAUGAUCCGCUCAAGUGCUCGUGCUGUUGUUGAAAGCACAUGCAGGCUUGUUCUAUCAGAAAACACACACAACUUGGCCACACUAGAACAAACCUGCUCUCAUUUCCUACGCACUUGCGCCCAAUCCUCCAACUUACCCAAUGGCCAAGCCAUUCAUGCCAAACUCAUCAAAGCCUCCCUCCCCUUUUCGCCCUUCCUUCAGAACCAUCUCCUCAACAUGUACGUCAAAUGUGGGCAUCUCAACAAUGCCCUCCAACUGUUUGACGAAAUGCUUCACAGAAAUGUGGUGUCCUGGUCUGCGCUGAUCAAAGGGUUUGUUCAACACGGCUGCGCCAAGGAAGCGUUGGCCUUGUUUGGUCGAAUGCACCGGGAUGGCAUUACCAAGCCUAAUGAGUUCACAUUGGUCAGCUCUCUCCAGGCUUGCUCACUCUGUGGGAGUCUGACUCAAGCUUACCAGGUUUACGUGUUCGUUGUGCGUCUCGGGUUUGAGUGGAAUGUGUUCCUCACUAAUGCAAUGCUGAGUGUUUUGGUGAGACAUGGUGAACUGACAGAGGCUCUGCAGGUGUUUGAGAAGUGUGGUAAUAGAGAUAUAGUGUCUUGGAAUGCUAUCAUGGCUGGCUACUUGGAGUAUGGUUGUUCAGAAGUAGCUACAUUCUGGUGGAGGAUGAAUCGUGAGGGGAUGAAGCCCGACAUCUACACGUUUUCAAGUGUGCUCACUGGGCUGGCUGCUGUCGCAGAUCUUAAGAUGGGUGUGCAGGUUCAUGCACAGCUUGUGAGACGUGGCCAUGGGGCGGAGAUUUGUGUGGGGAAUUCCCUGGCGGAUAUGUAUAUUAAAAAUCAUCAGUUGCGUGAUGGUUUCAAAGCUUUUUAUGAGAUGCCUUUGAAAGAUGUGUGCUCAUGGACUGAGAUGGCGGCUGGCUGCCUGCAAUGUGGGGAGCCUAGCAAAGCUCUUGAGGUUGUUGCUGAAAUGAAAAAAGUGGGGAUACGGCCAAACAAGUUCACACUUGCAACUGCCCUGAAUGCGUGUGCCAAUCUGGCUUCGUUGGAGGAAGGGAAGAAAUUCCAUGGUUUGAGAAUCAAACUAGAAACAUGUACCGACGUGGACGUCUGCGUAGACAAUGCUCUGCUGGACAUGUAUGCAAAAUGUGGAUGCGUGGAUGGUGCACGGUGUGUUUUUGAAUCGAUGAAGGAUUGUUCUGUAGUCUCAUGGACCACAAUGAUAAUGGCGUGCGCACAAAAUGGGCAGGCUAGAGAAGCUCUUCUGACUUUUGAUAAGAUGAGGCUGCAGGAAGGCAUUCAGCCAAAUUACAUCACCUUUAUUUGCGUGCUUUAUGCGUGUAGCCAAGGCGGGUUUAUAGAUGAGGGAUGGAAGUACUUUGCCUCCAUGUCUGAAAACUAUGGAAUCACCCCCGGAGAAGACCAUUAUGCGUGCAUGGUCGAUCUUCUAGGAAGAGCUGGACGUAUAAAGGAAGCUGAGGAAUUUAUUAAGAACAUGCCUUUAAAACCAGGUGUUUUGGUUUGGCAGACUUUGCUUGGUGCUUGUCAGCUACUUGGGGAUACAGAAACAGGGAAGCAUGCAGCAGAGCAUGCAUUAGAUAUAAACAGAACAGAGCCAUCGACAUAUAUAUUGCUGUCAAACAUUUUUGCUGGUUUGAGCAAUUGGGACAGUGUUGGGUUGCUGAGGAAACUAAUGGACUCCAGAGAUGUAAAGAAAUUGCCUGGAUCCAGUUGGAUUGAACAUUGAAGUAGAAAAAAGAUAGCUAGUCGCCUUUAGAUAGGACUCAAACAAGAAUAGGUUUCGAGGAUGGAAUUUCAUUCAAUCUGGUCAAGAAAGUAUCACUAUCCAGUUUUAUAGUUUUAAUAAUU